AUGACACAAGAAAGGCCCAGUGCACUGUACUUUCAGAACCUUCCUCUGCUCUUCCCUGAUCUCUGGAAAUAUGGCAUGUUGGCCCUCUCCAUUCUCUUUUUGCUGGUGGCAUUGAUAAUUUUGACUUGUCAACUAUGCAGAUGCUGGAGAUCCAGAAAUUUCUUUAAAGAAAGAAAAUUUGUCAACAAAGCUCAGAAAGAGACAACCCAAGAGAAUGCCUUCCAGGGGAAAACAUUACAAACCUCUCUUCUUGGUUUUGGAGCACAGCCUUGCCAUGAGAUCAAGAUCCAAAACAUCCGAAAGGAGCUCAAGAAACUUGGGGUCUGCUUUUCACCUUCCUCAGCCAACAAGAAUCAUCCAGUGGGCAUCCUGGCUAAUGAUCCUGAUCAAUCCCAGGGCAAGCUGAGGUUCUCACUUCUUUACAAUAAAAAGCGCCUUGAGCUACUCUUGACUGUGGCAGGGGCACUGGGCCUCCCCAGGCUUGAGUGCAGCAAUACUUUUGUUCAGGUCCGGUUGCUAAGCUGGGCCUCUUCCCCCUCCUCUGAUCUCCAGCACAUUGUCCAUGAAUGGCAGACCCAGGUGGUGAAGAAUGACAGCAGCCCAACCUUUGGGGAUCAGUUUGCUUGCAUUCUCCAGGAGGCUGAGUUGACAAGGAGCAGCAUCAAGCUAGAGGUGAAAUAUUUUGACAGAUAUUCCCGCCACAUACCACUAGGAGAAGUAAGAGUAGCCUUGAAUACCCUAAGAACCUUUGAAAGCAUGGAAUUCUGCAAAGAGCUGCAGAAGGCAACAAAGGACACAGUUGGAGAAGUGCUCGUGUCACUGAAGUGUCUCCCUAUCUCCCAGAGGAUAGAAAUCGGAUUACUGAAAGUCAAAACUGCCUCCCUGUAUAACAGUGCAGAGAAAUGUAUAUAUGCCAGGAUUGAUGUCUUCUGCAACCACCAUAAGCAGAAGCACCAGAAAUCCAAACCCAAGACUUUUGCAUCAAUGACUGUUUUCAAUGAAACUUUUCUGUUCCACCUGCCCAAUCCCAUAGUUUGGGACUGUGCUGUCCUCAUUUCCAUUUAUGAGAUGCAUCCCAAGAGCAGGCAGCUUGUUGGACAGGCAGCACUAAGGAAGGGAGGAACCAAUAACAUGGGUGAUCACUGGGAACGCAUGAUGCAGUCCAUCCAGCAGCCUGUAGCUAAGUGGCAUCCUUUACUCAUUUAA